GUGAAAAGUGAGAUAGUGAGCAAAGAGCGACGGGGAGGGAAGACCAUGGAGGGAGAAAACUGCAUGUAUUAGCUAGUUUUGCUACUUUAGGGCAACUUUUCCCCCCCUUACUUUCGUUUGACGCGAAAGAGCGUCAAUGUGGCGAUAUCCGGUGUGUGUUUAAUGUGCUGGGAAAACGUCGUAAACCGGAACGUUGGAACUCUCCGCGACAGUUAAGCUAACCUAGCCUGUCUCUGCUAGCCAGUGAGGACAAUAAACAGGCUAGUGGAAAACGGGGGAAAAGGGGUGAAAGUGGCUAGUAAUGUUGCCUCCCGGGAUUAACUUCAGAUACGGAUGAGAAGGAAACACCGAGAGCGACUCUGAGCCGGACGACCGCCGCUAUGUUGGGGUUGGUUCGCGGCUCUGGGUCCCGAGGGUGGCCCCACUCGGUGCUGUGGAGGCUUGGAGGCUUCUUCUUCUUCCUCCUGCUGCUGGAAGGGGCCGGCGGCAUCAACAACAACAACAACAACAACAACAACAACAACCAGCAGCAGCCUAGUGUCAACAUUUACAUGAGUGUCGAGGAGGUGAAGAAACUUUUGGGCCUGGACGCAGAGCUCUACUAUGUGCGAGACGAUGUGGUGAAUCAUUAUGCUCUCUCCUUCACCCUGCCGGUGCCCAGUGAGACCAACAGCCUUCACUUCUCAUGGCAUUCCAAGACAAAGGUUGACUACCGGCUAGGCUUCCUCAUGGAGAACCCUGAUGCCAUGAACCAGCCACGGAGCAACAUCUCCACUCAGGGGGAGGUUCCCCGUGUUGCCUCUGUCUUUAGAGUGGACCUCUUCUGUUCCGGUAAGGUCGACGGAGAGGCUGUUUUAAACGUGCAGCUCAAUCUGACCAUCCAUGCCAACAACUACACAGUGCUCAACUUCAAGAGAAGGAAAAUGUGCUACAAGAGAAUAGAUGACCAAAAGAUUCCCAUUCCCCUCAACAAUAACACUCUUCCACGGCCGGACUUAGAUGGUGUCACCGCCCCCACCACCUCCACCCAGGUGUUCUACAUAAGUGUGAGCGUCUGCUGCAUUGUCAUCUUCCUGGUGGCCAUCAUCCUGGCCAUCCUGCACCUGCACAGCAUGAAGAGGGUGGAGAUGGAGGACAGUGUGAGUGACAGCGGGAGCUCACAGGGCCUGUCCCAGCCGUCCACCCAGACCACACAGUACCUGAGGGCCGACACUCCAAACAACGCCGCCCCUGUCACCAACAAUCACCCUGGUUCGGCACCCAUUCUCCAGCUUGCUGCCACCUCCUUCCAAAACCCUGGUGCCCCCCCGCAUGAAACCAAAAGUUACCCAUCUCUCCGCAUUGAGAAGAAUGACCUGAGGAGUGUUACUCUAAUGGAGGCCAAAGCUAAGGUGAAAGACAUCGCCAUCUCAAGGGAGAGAGUCACAUUACGGGACGUCUUGCACGAAGGCACGUUCGGGCGCAUCUUCCACGGCGUGCUGCUGGAUGAAAAGGACCCCAGUAAAGAAAAGCAGGUCUUUGUGAAGACGGUGAAAGAUAAUGCGUCUGAGGUGCAGGUGACCAUGAUGUUGACUGAAAGCUGCAAGCUUCGUGGACUUCAUCAUAGAAACCUGUUGCCCAUAAGUCACGUGUGCACGGAGGACGGAGAGAAGCCCAUGGUGCUGCUGCCUUUCAUGGCUUGGGGGAAUCUCAAGCUGUUCCUGCGGCAAUGCAAGCUUGCCGAGGCCAACAACCCACAGGCGGUCUCUCAACAAGACUUGGUUUACAUGGCCAUCCAGAUCGCAUGUGGAAUGAGCUACCUGGCUCGCAGAGAGGUCAUACACAAAGACCUCGCUGCCAGGAACUGCGUCAUUGAUGACAACAUGCAGGUGAAGAUAACAGACAAUGCCCUUGCCCGAGACCUAUUUCCCAUGGAUUACCACUGUCUGGGGGAUAAUGAGAACAGGCCAGUCCGCUGGAUGGCCCUGGAAAGCCUGCUCAACCACGACUUCUCCAGUGCGAGUGACGUGUGGGCCUUCGGGGUGACGCUGUGGGAGCUGAUGACUCUGGGUCAGACCCCCUACGUGGACAUCGACCCUUUCGAGAUGUCGGCUUACCUGAAGGACGGGUACAGGAUAGCACAACCAAUCAACUGCCCCGAUGAACUGUUCGCGGUGAUGGCGUGCUGCUGGGCUCUGGACCCAGAGGAGAGGCCCAAGUUUCAGCAGCUUGUCCAGUGUCUCACAGAGUUCCACGCGGCGUUGGGCGCCUACGUGUGAAAACGAGCAGCUUCUCCUUCUUUGUGAAGCAAUGACAGCAUGACUGAAGGCUGCUGGACACUAUUCAUAAGGAACACAUGUAUGAAAACGUGCCUUAUCAGACGAAAGAGCAGACUUAAGUCCUGAUGAUUUUAUUCUGUACAGUUCUUUUUUGGAGUUUUUAUAUAGUUGAAUUUCCUUUUUACAGCAUAGCAGAGUAAAAGGAUUCUUUGUUGAAUAUUGUUUCGUAUGCUUUGAAAGCGACUAGAAAUGGCAACUAUGGUGCUCUUUCCUUGCAUUCCCGGACAUUCACGUGCCAGCGGACGUAUUAUUUUUUUUUUUAAAAGAACAAUUUAAGCCUCUGACAACCUGGUUUUAAAGACAGUAUUUUCUACAGUUUUGUAACUUAGUGAAACAGUUUGGAUUGUAGAUGUGUUGUGGAUGAGAGUAAGCAGAAUGAUUUAGGUACCACAGUUGACUCAAGGGCUUCUUUAGUAUGUGUGACCAGACUUUCCAACACGCUGCUUCACUGCCACGGUGAGCUCGGUACGAGAGGCCUCACAGGAACCAGAUUACAGAGAAGGUACACUGUUUCAUCUGGAUGACACAAAACACUUGUAUUUUCUCCGAGGAUCAGACGUUUGGACGCCGCAGGUUGGACAAGAGCAAAGCUACAUUAUGAUCUUUUUUUCUUUUUUU